UCAUUUUAACUUUUUAGGUCUUUGUUCACAGACUCCCAGGCUUCAGGGCGCUGGUGGUGAGUCGGAGGAGGCCUGGGAGGCAGCGAGCCUGCUGUGCGGGGUGUGUCUGAGGCUCCUUGAGCCCAACAGCCCGAGAUUGGCGUCCCCGUGCCUCCCGGACUCCUCUCUGCUCACAGCGUCCCCGCAGCCGGACCCCAUUUCACCCUCCAGCCUUGGGGACCGGCCUCUCAGGUCCCGCCGCCCAGGUCCCAGCGCUCAGAAUGGUUAUGAACUUUGAGGACGUGGCCAUUGCCUUCUCUCAGGAAGAAUUGGGGAUCCUUGAUGAGGCUCAGAGACUUCUGUACUGCGAUGUGAUGCUGGAAGUUUUUGCAGUUGUAUCAUCUAUAGACAAUUGCAUGGAACCAAUAUGUGAUGCAUAACACACUUUUGCAAUGGAACUUCCCCCGUCACACAAUCAACAUUCAUUUCCUCACCAUUUCUCACUUUUCAGGUUGUUGGCAUAAAAUGGAAGAUGAGGAGGCCAGUUCUGAUCAGAGUGUAUACAUACAAGGAGAGUCACAGGUCAGGGCUUCUAAGACAGCUGCAGCCACCCAGAAGACCUUUCUGUGUAAGCAGUGUUUCUCUGUGUUACAACAUAUUUUGCACCUGACUGGGUCACAUGCAGCAGACUUUGAGCAGAAAGCCUUCUGUACUGAUGUAUGUGUUGGAGACUUCUGUUUCAGCGCAAACCCUCACCAGCAACAGAGGAAUGAAUAUGGACAGGGGCCCUGGAAACAAGCUAUGGACGGGGCCUCCUUUGUGAACAGGUGCAGCUUCUCCUUAUCUUUGGUGACUUCAGCCAGCGGGGAGGUUGGGGAAGACUUGCAAUACAACUCAGAGCUUCCCCAGCACCAGGCUACUCUCAAGACUGAGGAGCUACACUGCGGCAGUGAGAUUUCACAGGAAUUUCUUGAUGGAAAAAGUCAUCACCAGUGGGGUGACUGUGAAAACACUGCCAGCCACAAUCUGAAAGAUGUAAAAUGUCAGGGUGCAUUUUCUGGAGAAGUAAUUUUUGAGUGUGACAAAUGUAGGGAAGUGUUUAGACGAAUCUGUAACCUCAUUCAACAUAAGAGAGUUCACACUGGAGAACAGCUGUAUGAGUGUCAUGAAUGUGGGGUUUCCUUUCGUCUGAGAGCUCACCUCACAAGACACCACAGAGUUCACACUGGAGAGAAGCCAUAUGAGUGUAGUGAAUGUGGGAAGUCUUUUAGCCAAAAAUCAAAUCUUAUUGAACAUCUGAAAGUUCAUAGUGGAGAGAAGCCAUAUGAGUGUACUGAAUGUGGGAAGUCUUUUAGCCGAAAAUCUAACCUCAUUAUGCAUCUGAAAGUUCACACUGGAGAGAAGCCAUAUGAGUGUACUGAAUGUGGGAAGUCUUUUAACCGGAAAUCUAAUCUUAUUAUGCAUCUGAAAGUUCACACCGGAGAGAAGCCAUAUAAAUGUACUGAAUGUGGGAAGUCCUUCAGUGUAAGAAGUACACUCCUUAAACACCACAGAGUUCACACUGGAGAGAAGCCAUAUGAGUGUACUGAGUGUGGGAAGUCUUUUUGCCAAAAAUCUAGUCUUAUUAAACAUCUGAGAGUUCACAGUGGAGAGAAGUGUUAAAUGUGCAGGAAAUGUUUUAUUUUAUUCACUUAGAAUAAUAACACUGAAGGCGACUCUUUGGGACCUAUUUUCCUUAAUUGAAACCCCCCCCUUUUUUUUAUUUAAAUAUAUUUUAUUGAUUUUUUACAGAGAGGAAGGGAGAGGGCUAGAGAGUUAGAAACAUCGAUCAGCUGCCUCCUGCACACCUGCUGGGGAUGUGCCUGCAACCAAGGUACAUGCCCUUGACCGGAAUCGAACCUGGGACCCUUGAGUAUGCAGGCUGACGCUCUAUCCACUGAGCCAAACUGGUUAGGGCUGAAUUGAAACCCUUUUAAUGGCACAUACACUCUGCUAGAUUCCUCACAAGUUUCCAAUACAACUGAGGCUUGAAGGAGGUGCAUUGCACUUGGUAACAUGCCCAGAUCUAACACCCGAUUAAUUUGUGGCUGAAGAGAUUUCCCCUCUACCACCUGGCUCACCUGAAGACUGUGUAUCAGUCCCAACCCCUGUGUGCUCAGGGGAAAUGUAUUCUGUGUUCUCUCUUGUGCUUGAGAACAUUAUGAUUAUUCCAGCUCCUGACAGGAUCUUCAUUCCUUUAUCUCUGUGGAGGUAAUGCACCUGACCCAGGGUUCAUCCAGGGCACCCAUCCUCAGCUAAGAAGUGCUGCCUCUUUCAGGGACAUGUGGUUCUCACAUUAUGCUGUGAUGAAUUGUUUCAGGUUCUAAUUCACCAACCUGCAAACUGCUUGCUGUGCUCUGUCUGUUUUGUGAUCUUUUAGUAAAGGUGUUUUUUCUUUUGUACCUUUAAU